AUGGUAGAUGAUCUUACGUUUGACUUGACUGAAGAGUGUCAUCAGGCUCCCACGCCUAAUACAGCCCAAGCUAGUCGGGAUGACUAUGACAAAUGGAUCAAGGCUAAGGUCUUGAUCUUGGCAAGCAUAUCUGAUAUGCUGGCCAAGAAGUAUGAGAGCAUGGUCACAGCAAGAGAGAUCAUGGACUUAUUUCGGGACAUGUUUGGACAGCCGUCCAUUCAAGCCCGGCACGAUGCCCUCAAGUUCAUUUACAAUUCCCGCAUGAAAGAGGGAACAUCAGUGCGAGAACAUGUUCUGAAUCUGAUGGUCCACUUUAACGUGGCUGAAGUGAACGCUGUCAUAAACGAGGGGAGCUAG